AUGGAUCACACAGCGCAUGGUAUCUGUGGUGGACCUACGACCCAGCCUGACAUCCUGGCUGAGCUGAAGGCUCGAGUGGAGAAGCUGGAGAGAGAGCACAAGGACAUCAGAAAGGUGGCCUUCUCUGCAAGUAUAACUUCUCCAGUGGGACCCAUCUGCGCAGACACAACCCUGGUCUACCCCAAUGUCAUCACCAACAUCGGCAAAGCCUACAACCCAGUCAGCGGAAUCUUUACCGCACCAGUGAGAGGAGUCUACUUGUUCAGUUUCACUGGCAUGGAUGACCGUCAGACCUCCGGGGUGCCAGUUGCCCUGUUCAAGAAUAACAAUCAUCUGAUGUGUCAGUGGAAGGUGCCUGGGGGUACUUAUCAUCAGUAUGUUCAGAACACAGUGAUUGUAGAGCUGGACAAGGGAGAUAUCAUCUACACACGUCUACCUGAGAAUCACAGGAUCCUAGGUGAUGCCAAGAACAAUGGCAGUAACUUAACUUUAAACAACAACAAUAUCUUCAGUGGCUUCCUGCUCUUCACUGUGUGAGUGGAACACUGCUAAAGUUGUGAUGAAAUCACCUUCAAUGUCUGACCCUUUGAAAGACUAGUCUAUGAUCAGGCUCUUACUGUUGAAAACCUGUACG